AUGAAGCUGCUCCUACUUACGGCGCUCGUCGUCUUGGCGGGCAUCACCGAGGGGCGCCCCGCCCUCCCAGCCACGGCCACCGGGCCAACUCCAGCUCCAGCUCGGCGCGAUGCCGACGCAGCACCGACCCCCACCGACGAGUUCUUCACGAGCACGCUCCGCAUAAAUUCGUUCGGCGGCGAGUGGUACACGAGCGUGCGCGUGCCGCCCGAGAGCGAGACGUUCGUGUGGACGGCGUACGCGUGGCUCGACGACGGGAGCCGCCCGGCCCACCGCGCAGCGGUACUCCUCGACGCCAUGAUCGCGAGCAGCAUCGCGGGUGUCGUGCUCUGCUUCUUCGUCGGGCUCCCGCUCGUCGUGUGGUACCGGGGGCGGCCGCCGGCAUCAGGUGGCGGAGGCGGCGCGACGGCGCCCGCGCCGCGCCGGCCGUCGUCGCCCGCCUCGUCGACUUCGUCGCGCAAGCUCCUCGUCGGCGCCGCGGCAGCCGCAGCAACAGCACUCCCGAAAGCCGCCGCCGCGCCACUCCGCCGCGCGCUCGUGACCACCACGAUGACGGUGUACGCCGUCUCCACGGAUAGUUGGGGCGACGAGACUCACAUCCCAGCCGGAAUGGUCAGGACCACGCUCCGCGUCCCGGACACCACGGUGACGCUGUACCCCGAGACCGCGAAGGCCGCCUACAUCAAGGCCAUGCGCCAGCAGCGGCUGUACGGCGGGAUGAUUGGCCUGAGCUGGGCGGCGCCGUUUGUGCUGGUGCUCCCGUUCCUCCUGUACUACUUCCUCAAGCUGCGCCGCUGGCGAAAGAUGCAGCGUGCGCAGCAGGGCGUGCCGCUCGAUACGUUGCACCAUGUGGAGCCGGGCAAGAAGGUCGACGAUGAGUAG